UAAAGGUUGCAGGGCAACAAAAGCUCUUCAAAAUGCCCGUUGGAAUCGUCGACAGGCUGGUAAAUUUCACUGGGAAUUCUACCAGCUUGCUUGACAUACCGACAACGAUAGAAGCUUAUGUAGCGCCAACUUUGUAUUCCGUUAUUUUCUUGGUUGGUGUCACGGGCAACUCGCUGGUGAUCUACAUCGUGGCCCGCUUCAGCGAGAUGAGAACCGUUACCAAUUAUUACAUCGUCAACCUGGCCGUCACCGACCUGGCCUUCCUGGUCUGCUGCGUUCCCUUCACGGCCGCUAACUACACGCUGCCGUCCUGGAUAUUUGGAGAAGCUCUGUGCAAGCUCGUCAACUACCUAAAACAAGUCGCGGCCCAGGCGACCUGUCUGACCCUAGCCGUCCUCAGUGUGGACCGGUACUGCGCCAUCGUCCACCCGCUUGCCUCUCUGAAGUACAGGCGGACCCGUAUCGCUUUGGUCGCAAGCGUCUGCACGUGGGCAGCCUCCGUCAUCCUGGCUAUUCCGGUGGCGAUCUACUACCGCCUGGUCAACUUCAACUUCCACGGCAUGCGCACGUACUGCCGCCCGGUGUGGCCCUCAGUGGCCUGGGAGCAAGGCUACAUGAUCUACACCGUCCUCGUCACCUACGCCAUCCCGAUGACCGUCUGCUCCAGCGCCUGUUUCUGCAUCGUCAGGCAGCUGUGGAACCGCUUCAAGGAGCGCGAAAAUGGGCCGCUGUCUUCCAUCAUGCAGACCAGACGCGUCAUAUCCAUGGUAGUGGGUGUGGUCAUCCUCUUCGGAAUCUGCUGGCUGCCGAAUCACGUGCUAAACCUGUGGCGAACAAUCUACAUCCGCAACAAGAUACCAGCUUCUGUCUACUGGGCUAAGAUGUUCGCCCUGUUCCUGAGCUAUGCCAACUCCGCCAUCAACCCGUUCGUCUACACCCUUCUCGGGGAGAACUACCGGAAGUGCCUGAGGAAGACCGGAUGCUGUCGUCAUGGCAACCAGCAGAAGCGGGAUGGGACGAACACCCCGAAGACACACAGACGAAUUGGACCAGGCCGCUCUGACUACAACAUCCCGGCUAUCAAGAUAACCCUUGCGACGGAUGCCGACCGCUUUGAGCCGGACAAACAAGAGGAAUAUGCAACUGAAGUGUGAAGGAUAAGUGUGAUCAUGUUAGUGCGGCAUUGGGAAGAUGGUUCAUGUUUGGGCUUAGUUUAUCAUAUUACUAUUUUUGACUGUGAUAUUUGUUGAUGGUGUGUACUUCCAUGGGAAUGUCAAACACGUGAUUGUUUGGGGUUGAUUUUAGUUCUUCUCGGUUAUAUUUCGGUUAUUGUUUUUGGUUACUUUUGUCGUUUAUUUGUGCCUGUUUUCGGCUCUCGUGGGAUUGUUUUCGGUUGUGUAAGGUUGUUUUUGUUUCGGUAAUAGGCGAGACCGGAUUGUAUAAUCACUUAGCCAAAUAACAAAUUAGCUACUUACUAGUAUACAUGUAUACGUACCUGGUUUUCUGGGACAUCUUUGGCCUAUAAAGUCUUGGCGAGCAUGUAGCAAGUUGCAAGCUUCAUUGUAUGAUUUUGAAUAGUUCGCCUUCCUUGAUUAUGCACGUUAAAUGAAACAUGCUAGAGAAAAUACUGUUGUUUGUAAUAUUUUUUGUACACUGCUAAGUACGUUACAUCACAUUCUCAAGUGAUACAUACACACAGAACAAGUCAGAAGCGCCACCUUUCAUGAGCAGCAGGUACAGCAACGGGCACUACUGGCAAUGUUGUACAUAAUGUCAUAUAUCUUGUUGUAGGUGUGAUAACAAGGCAACAAUCAAGAAACUAUAAAUGCAACAUUUUCGCGAAAACGGAGAAUGUUUUCCCUGUAGCAUUAACUCGCCCUAUGACUUCGUGUAACAGUAAAAAAAAUGGCAAAUAGGUUUUGCUAUCGCAAACCUGUAAUUGUUCAUAUCAUACAGCUAAUAUGCUGAUGCAGUUCCAAGCUCUGAUUGGUUCCUUGUAGAAGAGGAAAAAUACAUAACAAGAACAUACCAGCAGGGAAAUAUAACCGAUAUUAGUGCUAAAAAAUGAAAAUCAUUAUACACGUUACGUGUAGAGUAGCUGGAUAUGUAUUGUGCCUUUACAAAGAAUGUUGCUAAUACAAAUCUAGAUCCAUCGGUCGGUUUCAAUGUUGAGCAAGUUAGUUGUCAAUGUGAGAAACCUGUUGUCAUGGUACGAGCAUUGCUUAUAUUGUGGAAUAGCUAUUAAGACAAUACCAUGACUUAGUUAAGUCUUUGGGUAAUUAAAUGUAAGUCUACUAUAUUU